UUGUACUCAAGUGACUAACAGUCGAUCUCCUUCAGGUCCUUUCAAAAUAGCUCUUUUUUGUCCACGCGCGAGCUUUACGCGUCUCGUAUUUAACUAGACACAUUUAAUGUUCAACGUAUUAUACGUCUGAGACGUUUUAUUCGUCGUCUUACCCAAAUACGAUGAUUUAUCUGUUUAUUAUGACAAUCAGUUGGCCAGAUCUCAUAGGCAUUUCGCCGCAUUCAGUCCGCUUUGGGUUACGCGAAAUGAAUUGGCCGUGAAGGCCUGAGAAGAAGCGUUCAGGAACCAAGCAUAGGAAUCAGGUCAUAUCUGAAAAUCAAUGUUUAAUUGGAAUUUCUUUUUUCGAUAUGUUUAUAAAUCAAUUAUUAUUUUGGUGACUUUGCUAAAUGAAGAAUGCUCCCAUGAUUGAAUAAUAAAAGUAUUUCAAGCAUAGUCACACCCACCCUCCCACUCGCAAACCCACCUAUACUAUUGAUCGCUUGAUUGCAGAUUGAUUGCACCAAUCACAGGAAAUCAUGUACACAGGCAGUCACAUCUACUACAAUAAACUAUGAUAAAACAUCUUGUAAGGUGACAAGCAUAAUUUUUUUAGGUACCUUGUCUUGGAAGAUUCGCUGUGUCAGUGCCACCAGCAGAAACUCCGAGGAACUAGAUCCUCAAGAACAAAGUGAAAGGGUAAACAUUUAUAUGGCAAAGAUGGCUAAUGAAGCAAUCAAGAAGAAAAAAUUUGAUCUGUCUUCCUAUGAGGGAUUGCAAGAUUAUUACGUUUACUUACGCGGACAUCUUUCGCUACAGGAUGUAAGGCUUCAGUUGAGUAGCAUUAAAAUAACUGUUAAAUGCUCUACCCUGGCGAUUCUUGAAUACCUGUGGUAUGAGUAUUGCUCUGGUCGCCUUAACGCAGAAGCGGAGAAAUGCCUCAUUACAGAGAAGGUUAAGGACGAGCUUGGUAUGGAGACCAUACAGCUAACAACAACUAUCUUGGAAGAGGAUUAUUUGGCAUGCAAAUCGUCACUAAUGGCAAUUUUAGGCCAAGGGCGCUUUCCAUUUGUUGGAACUGGCCGGUCGGACUGGUCCGUCCGUAAAUGGAAUGCGCGAGUUCUGAGAACUGUCAGAACUGGUUCUGGCCAGAUUGGCCUUGCUUAUGGAGUAGGGCCGCUCAGUUCUCCCGGUCCGGCGCGCAACGCGGAAAUUGUGCGGGAAUUCUACGCGUUGAAAAUGGAGGCAGGUCCAUCACAGACUUGUGGACUCGAGAACGAGGAAAAGCUUGCAACGUGGUCGUCAAAGAGCACUAAAUUAUUGAUUUCCCUACGACGAGAGAAAACCGACCUCUUCGACAAUGGCAAAGUACGAAGAAAAGUUGCAUGGGAUAAAGUUGCAGAGCAAUUCAACGGUAACUCGUCGGUGAGAGUUACAGGAGAACAGUGCGCCAAUAAAUGGAAAAAACUAGAGGAGAAGUACAAAAAAGUAAGAGAGCACAACGCCAAAACAGGGAGUGACAAGAAGGAGUGCGAGUUUGAAGAUGAAAUUGGAAAUAACAAUUUGUUUCAGAUUGCCGUUUGUUCAGUCUCAUUUCGUACCUCUAUGUUGACAUAUUUUAAUUCGUGACUGUACAGGAAACCAGUUGCAUGCACACAAAAUGUCACAGUUUCAUUACAUAUUAAUUAUCGUAAUCUCGACAUACAUUCAUUUUAGAUCAUCUAUGGUUUUUUUCGUAGCAUAAAAACCAAUAUUACAAUGUUACCUCUUGGCCACUGAAUAAGGUCUGUGCGAACAUCCACAAGAGCUCUUACAACCCUUCCAAUGCAACGCGACACACUUGACAUUGUAAUGUCGAAGCGAUCAGAUAUUUGACGGCAGGUCUCUUAGUUCGCCAGGGCCCAUACAGUCACAGCUAUCUGUUUUCUUGCUUCAAUGGACCGCCUGCCAAAUGCAUUUCCCUUUGGGAUAUGCUCACUUGGUGAUAACAAUUGAGCAAGUAAUUCAAAUGUCGAGGAAGUCAUCCGGAAAUGACUCCUGAAGCCAUCGCAAGGAUAGCGUGGAACCGUGAUUUCGAAAUAGUGCGCAAUUCUCGCUAACUUGCGCCGAGAAAAAAUACACAUAAUUGAAAGAAACACAAAUUCAUCUUCUGCAUCGUUCAUAAAAAGAGUAUCCGACGACGACGACGAAAGAAAGUCGAGAAAAAAUGUCGGCAAAAUGUUGCAAAUUUGCGUCGCUAAGUCCGCCAUAUUAUUUACAUCAGCUCUUGCGUGUCUCGCGUGUAUAUCGCGCAAGGGUCGCGUGGGUAAUUACGCGAACCGGCCUUUGGCCGUUCCAUUAAACCGACGAGAACCAGUUCUUUCCGGUCGGCCAGUUCUAACAAAUGGAAAGCGUCCCAAGUCAAAUGAUUUCUGAGCCAACUAGGUGGCUCCCCCUCACGGACAUUGAUUGAUCUUUGCAUAACUAAUUCUCCCUGAAAAAUCGUUAAUUCUGGUGUCGUCCAUCUUGUUAUUAGCUAUCAGUCACUGGCCAUGGUUUUUAUGACCAUCAAAAUACGCUAAGAACGUAUUGGCACUCAUUUUACUAUCGAGACCUGUAUUUUCAAAAAUGUAAAAACAACAUAAUUGCAGUUAGAACCUUCCCAGCAUCUUUUACGACUGAAAAAAAUUGUAUGUCAAACAACUUUGUCAGUUUGAAGUCCUGGAGGGUACUACAUUAUAAGAAAUAACUCCAGCCAUGAAAUAUAUAUUUUCCGCAAAGUAGGUGUGAUGACAUCAUCCGUCAUGUGACCAUGUUUAAAAGUGCGUUUUAUCUGAGUGUGAGGAUAGGCAUUGAGCAAUUGGAAAACACUUCACAUAUUUGAAAGGGUGAUGUUAUUCAGCAUUUACAAAUGGCCAGGUGGAAUCUGCCGUCUCACAGUUCAGUACAAUGAUGCAAGAGACCGUGAACGGCAAUGCUGCCGGUGUGAGGGGGCUAUUCGCAUGAGCGAAAAAAGAGGGAGACUGUGUCGAGGGGUAUAUCUUUUCUCGGGUGGAACGUACACAAUCUAAUCCUUGUGUGAGAGUGAGGUUGGGGUGGACAUUUUCAUACAUUUGCUGUAUUUUUGUCCACUCUGGCCUCGACUCGGCGCCAUUAUUUGCUGGAAUGCGGGAAAGGUCUAUUGCCGCACAUGUGCUGAUUUUUGAGAAGUGACGUGUAGAUCAAUUAAUUCGUGAAUUCAUUAAUUGAGUUGACAAAAUACGUAACAAGUGGUCCAACCGAGCCGGAUUUGUGUUGGAAAUGCCGGGAAAAUUGACGAAAAAGAGGAAGAUUCGCGAAGGACAACGUGCACUUGUGACGAAGGUUCUCGGAAGCGUCGAUGAAGUUUUAAAAAAAUACGAUGGAUCUAAGAGCGCAAAAGACCGGAAAACUCGACCUAGCAUCACUCUGAAUGAAAAGCUGGUGACUUUGAAGGCACUCGAUGAAUCUAUUUUGUUUGCAGUCGAAGAUGGAGAAACUGAAAGCGAAAUUGAGGAGUCUGAAAAUUUUUGCGGGUAAAUUUACGAACCUCUGGUAAAAUUGCACGGUUGUCAAGCCGUGCACGAUGGGAAAGAAAAUCCGCAGAGUCAAGAAACUCAUCAGGAGACAAAGUCAAGUGGAAACAAUUCCAGACUGCCGAAAUUGACGUUGAGUAAAUUAAACGGGGAUCCAAAGCGUUGGCAGCAAUGGUGUGACUCCUUUUGUGUGGCUGUGCACGAUAACAGCGCCAUUUCCAUACUGUAAAAAUUCACCCAUUUGCGAAGGCUGGUCGAAGGGAGUGCAACCAUGGCUAUUUCAGGAUUACAGCUUACUUCGUGUAAGUAUGAUGCGGCUUUGGAGGUAUUAAAAGAAAGAUUCGUGCAAAGGCAAAUUAUUAUUAAUUCGCAUAUGGAAUCGUUACUUGAGUUGAAACCGGUGAAUGCGAUGUUAGAGAUCAGAGGUAUUCGAGCGGUGCUCGACAGGCGCCUUGUUGAUACCGAUAUUUAUGGAAAAACUACCGGGUAAGCUAAAGCUGACAGUAAGUAGAAAACAUAAGAAACACUGGUAACUAGACUCUGUUUUAAUGGUCGUAAAAUCUGAAGUAAAGGCCCGCGAGCGUUCUGGAAUUCGACUAACGACAGAUAAACCAGCUUCAAGGAAACCUCUCUUCCCAGGACUUGGAACUGUGAGAGCAUUGUUGACUGGAGAAGGCAAGGAGUUCAGUUGUUAAUUCUGCAAGGGAAGUCUUCGGGCGUCAGGAUACACUGAUGUGACGAAUGUGGAGGAAAGGAAGUCUAUUUUGAGGAAGAAAGGCCGGUAAUUUAUCUGUUUUCGGCGUGCGAGUCACUUGGCGCGAAAUUGUGAUUCUUAGAUUCAUUGUUCAGGUGGUGGAGGCCGUCACCAUUUGGCUCUUUGUAAUGCAGGAAGAGUACGGCACAGUGACAGUCCCGCAGUAGAAAUUGUCAGCACUCAGUCCGAACGGUCCACAUCUGCGAUGCAUGUGAGUUCAAGUAUGCAUGUUUUUCUUCAAACAGCCUAAGUUAUGGUGUGACGACCGGGAGCACAAGAGUUUGAAUAUUCGCGCUAUUGUUGACACAGGCGCACAAAGGUCAGACACAUGUUUCCCAAAGAGUGGUGAAUGCAUUAAAACUGGAAACAAUUGAGACAGAGAAACUAAGGAUUGCUACAUUUGGAGAAAAGAAACAAGAAUUGCAAACAGUUAAUCUUAUUGAACCAGCCAUGUGGAAGCCUAAGACAGGAGUUACAUUGAAUGCAUUCUCAGUACCUCAUAUUUGCAUUGAUUUACAAGGCCAAGACUUGAGCUAGGUAAAAAACUAUCCUCGCUUACGAUACCUUUGCUGACCCUUGCUCUGAUAAAGGACCCGUGCAGAUUGACUUAAUUCUUGAUUGGUUCAGACUACAUCUGGAAUUUCUUUGAUGUCAAGACGAUACAGGGGAGGAAUCAGGUCAGGGUGCUUCUGUGGCUGUCUCAACAACAGUUCGAUGGGUACUGUCUGGCCCUGUGAGGAACCUUCCCAAGGAAAGGCUGUCAAGUAUACAGUUUCAGUCUACUCAUGUACUGAGAGUUGAUUCAGGAAGCUCUGAUUAUACCCUAUACAAGGAUUUUGAGAGGCUAUGGGACUUAGGUUCUAUUGGCAUCCGAGAAAAGGACACUGUCCAUGAAGUCUUGGAGAAGAAUGUUAGUUUUGAAGAUGGCAAGUAUUCUGUGUACUUACCCUGGAACGAGCACCACAAGUUGUUGCCAGUCAAUUACGAGAGCAGUGUAGCGAGAUGGAGCUCACAACUGAAGCGGUUAAGAAGAGACACUGAAGUCCUUAAAGAGUAUGAUUCUAUUAUCCCGGAUCAGUUGCAGAGUGGCGUCACUGAACGAGUGGACACCACGAAAUGCCCCGAUAUCGGAAAGGUGCAUUACUUACCCCACCAUGGAGGAGUGGUACGUAGGGAUAUAUUGAGUACUUAGUUGCGGAUUGUGUCUGAUGCUUCAUCCAAGGCUACUUGCAAUAGCCUUAGUUUAAAUGACUGCCUGUAUUCAGGCCCAGCCUUAACCCCAACCAUUUUCAAGAUUUUACUCCGGUUCAGAGAAAGAAAUAUUCCAUGAGUUGGAGAUAUCGAGAAGGCCUUCCUGAACAUUGGAGUUCAUGAACAGGAUCGUGAUACGUAACGAUUCUUAUGAGUUGACAGCUUAGAGCAGCAGGAUCCACAGCUGGGGUUGUACAGGUUUUGCCGUGGCGUGUUUGGUGUAAAUUUAAGUCCAUUCCUAGUAAAUGCUACCCUGCAGUACCACAUUAGUCGGUACAGGUCAGAUCCAGAGUUUGUGGAGAACUUGCUGAAUUCAUUCUACGUGGAUGAUUUAGUGUCUUGAGAAGGGAAUCUUGAAAAGUGUCUGUCGCUCUACAAGAAGUCAAAGAAGUGCUUAUCAGAAGGCGGUUUUAACCUACGAAAAUGGAUCUCCAAUUCCAUCAAGCUAUUUACUUGAUUUGUGAAUAUCGCACCAAGGCCGAGGGGUACUGGUCUGAGCAAAGGUCAGUAGUAGAAGACACGGAGACCUAUGCGAGAACCACAGUGGGUCACGCUAUCCCAGCUAAGAUCGAGGUUUUGGAUCGUCAAGGGAAAGCAAUUUGUGAAGAAGAUCAUCUCCAGAUAUACCGUGUUUCGCAGGUAUGAUGGGCGUGGUAUAAGGUACCCCCUCUGCCUGGAUUUAGAUUGAGUCAAAAAUCUGCCCUUACCUAUGUUAGAGUAGAUUAUGCCGGGCCGCUGUACAUAAAGGAACGGAACUGUUCCACAUUAAAGAAAGUCUAUAUCCUUCUGUUUACCUGCUGUUCAACCAGGGCCUUUCACAUGGAAUUAGCUACAGAUUUGUCAGCUGACGUGUUCAUUCGUUGUCUACGGAGAUCUACAGUUAGAAGGGGAUUGCCAGAAAUCAUUGUGUCAGAUAAUGCGAAGACGUUCAAGGCUGCAGUUUAAGUUCUAAGAAGGGUGUUUUCAUACCCUAGUGUCCAGAGAUUUCUUGCCAACGCACAGAAGAAUUACCUAGAGGUUUAUUAUCGACAGAGUCCCCCGGCGGGGGAUUUUUUAAAAGGAUGAUACAGAAUGCGAAACCAAGUUUGCGGAAGACACUGAGAAACGCGAAGCUUACUAUGACGAGCUGCAUACCAUUCUUGUGGAAGCCAAGGGAACGUUAAACUCUAGACCACUUACAUAUGUUUCCUCAGAAGAUGUUGAGGAGCCACUGACACCCUUUCAUUUGAUCUACGGGAGAGGAAUUCUAUCUUUACGCAAAGUUACACCACGCAAAGAGGCUUCACUGAGCCAAGCAGCGUCAUGCAGGGAUGGCCCCAGAAGAAGGAAAUAUCUGCCGUUCUUGCUAGAUCACUUUUGGAAGCGUUGGAAUAAAGAGUACGUUGCAAUUUUGCGGAACCUGCAUCGUCAGAGACGCAUACCAGAAGACAGUAUUUCUCUCUCAAUUGGAGACGUUGUCAACUUGUUUGAAGAUAACCUACCCCGAAGUUUGUCAAGUGGCGAGGUUUCUUAAAGAACAACUUCGCAUUUAGUGACCAUGGUUUGAUACGCCUUGCAGCCGCAAGUUAGCAGGAUCCGAUGUCCCGUGAACAGAAAUCUUGAAUUUCU